AUGCAGCUCCUUCAGUCUCUUGCUUUCCUCGGAGCGAUCUCCUCUGUGUCCGCUUAUACUCUCUCUAUCUACACAGCAGAAAGCUGCGAGACAGCCUUGAUGUCAUGGACCUCUACCUAUACUGGCUGUAUGAACAUUAAAAUGGGUACGUCUGUCCACUCCAUUGAGGCGACAGAUGUUAGUGGCUACCAAAUCUGGACACAUCCUACUGCCAAUUGCGCUUGGGAUCUUUACUCGACUGAAUUGACAGCCGAUGAUACAUGUACGACAGCCGGCGAAGACGAGGCUAUCAAGUCGGUCAAGAUUAUUGCCGUUUAG